AUGAGAUCUCUGUCUGAGAAAGAGCGUGAGGAUAGUGAAGAAGACUAUGACAAUAUGGCUAUUGCAAGCUUUAUUAGUUCUAGGAGUAGAAGGGCAACUCCCAAAACGCCCACUCCUAAAAGACCUACUACUAGGCUAGGUAGUGCACUUGUUGUUGACGUUGAUGACGAGGUGAGUGAGGAACCCAGUCCCUUAAUUCGUAAGUCCUCUAAGAAACCUACUGUUCCAAAAUCUGGGAAAGAGUCAUCUGUGAGAGUGAUGGAGGUUAGUAAUGUUGAAGUGGGAGAGUUUGGCGAGAAAGUGGCUGAGGAGUCUGGAGAGAAAGUGUCUGAGAAAUCUACAGAGAAAGAGAAAAGUGUGAGAAAAUCAGUGAAACAGAAGGCUAGUGCCAAUGAGGAACCUGGUUCCUCCAAGAAGGCCAAGGUGGGUGUGGCCAAGAAUGAAGGAAGGGAAAAUCUGAGAAACCAGAAGGUGUUGUGGGGCAGAACAUUUGCCCCUAAUAUUCUUGACAUGACAGGAAUGUGCCAACUGGUUGAUAUAUGUGAAUUUCAACAGUGGACACAUUUGUUCACAAAUGAGAGUCUUAAGAUGUAUGAGGCAGAGGUGUGCAGUUUCUAUGCUGACAUUUUCACAGUCGAGGAUGACAACAUCUGCAUGAAGGUGAAUGGUGUUGACUUUGUGACGGAUGAGCCUGUGUUGGGAACCAUCUUGGGAGUGCCUACUGACGGAAUAUCCUCCAUUGAGGGGACUUGUUCUUCAAACUUCAGAAAUACCAUUUUGAAGGAUGAUGCAGUACAACAGGAGGAAUGGGUACACAAGAAGGCCCUCCUUCCAGUGUACCAAUUGUUAUUCGAGAUGGUGAACAAGGUUUUGCUCCCUUGUGCAGAAAGUCGUUCCAUUAUGUCACGAGAAGACAUGUUCCUCAUGGAAGCACUCGAUGCAUACUCCACUAUCAAUCUGUCGGGUAUCAUGAUUGAGCACAUGAAGAAAGUGACAUAUUUCAAGGAUGGUAAUCAUGGGCUGCCCUACGAGUUUUUACUCACCAAAGUAUUUGAGUUCUUCAAAGUCCCUUUGGGAAAGGCUACAAAUAUUACCAAUGAAGAGAUAAGGAAGUUGAAGGCACGAAAUGUUAUUCUUGAGGGACAGCUUAGUCAGGCCCAGGAGACACCUAGUUCCAGCAGCACACAAGGCGUAGAGGUUGCCCGUCUGACCAAGGAGAAUGCUGAUCUCAGAAAACAGGUUGAGGAUCUGAAGGAGAGGUUACUCAAUGAGAAAGGGUCCGCAAAUGCUCGAAUGGACAUCCUCCUUAGAACUCUUGCCACUUCAUCUCUGCCUCCCCCUUCCAGUGCUCCUUAA